UGCCUCUUGGCGCGGCGGCAGCGGGCGGUGGAUGGGGCUGGUGGGGACGGCAGCCGUGCGGGACCCCGGCGGCGCCGCCCUGCCCCGCGGCUUCUGGGCGGCAGUACGCGUGUGGCUGGAGAAGCCGCAGGUGGCCAACAGGCGGCUGAGCGGCGCCGCUGUCCAGGCGGAGGGGACGGUGCCACUCGGCGAGGGUGGGGAGAUAUCUCCAUCCUUCGCCGCCGGGAGGGCUGGCGUGGGCGGCGGCGGGCAGGAGGGGCGAGCCGCGGGGCCCGCGGAGCUGGGGCGGCUCUGGAGGGAGGUGCAGGGGCAGCUGCCUCUGCCGCCGCCCCUCACGGGCUGGGGCGGGCCCGGCGAGCUCCGCGCCGUGCUGAGGACGCUGCUGCCCCGGGGCCGCCCCGCCGCGCCCCCGGCCCUGGAGCUGGCGGUGCAAGAUGCUUACAACGGAACUGUGACCUUUCUGCCUUUGGAGGAAAACAGUGAAGGAAAAUACUUGGUUAAAAAGUGCAAUAUUUAUCAAAUUCAACUUAAACACAUAAAAGAUGAGGAAUGGUCCAUAUCUGUUGUAGCUCCAUUUCCAGAAGAUUGGUUUUCAGAUGGAAUUUUGUACCCCAAACUAGCAUGGCUUGGAAACAAACUUUUGUCCAAACUGGCUAAAUGGUCCGUGGAGCAAAAGCCCAGUGAGUUUAAAAGUACACUCUCACUCAUUUCAGUAGCAAAAUACAGCAAGGUUUAUCAGGACCUCAAAGAAAAGUACAAAGUGAUGGUAAAGGUAUGGCCUGAAGUGACAGAUCCUGAGAAAUUUGUUUAUGAAGAUGUUGCCAUUGCCACUUACUUGCUGAUUCUUUGGGAAGAAGAGAGAAAGGAAAAAGGGUUGACCAAGAAACAGUCAUUUGUAGAUCUUGGAUGUGGAAAUGGUCUGCUGGUUCAUAUUCUAAACAAUGAAGGGCAUUCAGGCAGAGGAAUUGAUGUGAGGAGAAGAAAAAUAUGGGACAUGUAUGGACCAGAGACACAUUUAGAGGAAGCUACAAUCAUUCCAGGUGACAGUCAUCUCUUCCCAGAUACUGACUGGCUCAUAGGAAACCAUUCAGAUGAAUUAACACCAUGGGUACCUGUAAUUGCAGCUAGGUCUUCCUAUUCAUGUUGCUACUUUGUGCUGCCGUGCUGCUUCUUUGAUUUCCAUGGAAAAUAUAGCCGAAGACAAAGCAAGAAGACUCAAUACAGAGAAUAUCUUGAUUUUGUUGCCCAAGUGGGAUUUGUAUGUGGCUUUCACGUGGAAGAAGAUUGUCUUAGAAUUCCAUCAACAAAAAGGGUCAGCUUUAUUGGGAAAAGCAGAACCUAUCCACCUGCAGAACAUGCUCUCAUUGACAACCAGAUUACACAGUUUAUUAACAGUCGUCGGACCUGCGCUGUGGCCACGUGUGACAAACGGGUUGGAUUUAAGCAUGAGGAUCACUCUGAUAGUCUGUGUGAAGUAGGCUCAGAACCUCCUGAAGAUGAGACUGAGACAGCUGGUACAAUCUGGAUGCCUGGAUUUCAACCCAGAGAAAAAGUAGAACAAAUCAGAAAUUGUGCUUCCCUCCCUCGGGAUUUUGUAGAUGAAGUGGUUCUCGAUGUGGCCAAGUUGCUGUUAAAUGCAGCCCCCCAAAAAUCGUGUUCUAAUAUGCAGGGUGGAAAUACGAAUACCUGGAAUCAAGGAGAAAGCCUUUCCUUGAGAGAAGUGGCAGAACACUUAAAUAAAGAGACUUUAAAAAAGCUGAAAAGUGAAUAUGGAGGCCUGCAGACACUUCUCAAGAGCAAUCAUCAGGUAUUUGAAGGGCUUCAGGAGAGACCCUUUGAUUCUCCCUUAGUAGCAUAUCACCAUAACAAGAAACUUCUGGUGUUCUGGAAGGACAUUGCUCAUGCCCAGGAGGACAGAGAAGAACAUGGCUACAGCUCUUUUGUCAUCUUGACUGAUUUUUCUUUUAAAACAUGGGAAACGGAUGUACACACACACACACACACACACCCCCCGCUCCGAACAAAAAGUGAGUCUCAAAAUAACUGAUCAGUGCCAGUUAUCUUGUCCAAUACAAUACUGAUUUCCUAGGGAAAAAUUAUGCUUGGUCAUAAAUAGCUGCCAAUUUUUCUUCAUCUUUUGAGAGGGAUUUUAAAGCUCAGCUGAAAUUGCUUCUUGUUUGGCUUAGUAUGAGUUCAGGUCUGUCUGUGUAUCACAAGGAAACCUGGAGACAUUAAUUCAUCCAGUUCAGACUGUGUGAUAUUCAGCUUUCACUGGACUUGUGACUUUUUGAAUAGCAAUUAUCAGAAUGCAGAAUGGCAUUGGUUAACUAUCCCAAGCUACAAGUGUGUCAUACAGAAGGUGUGUUUGAAGCAGGAUAUGAAAACAGAGCAUGGCAACUUAAAAGUGGCAAAUUCUUCCCUCUUCAUUUUCACUGUUGUUUGCCAUCCGUUUUUUUCUUACACUCUGGCUAACUUCCUUUUAUCUAUUUUGUUUAUACAUUUAAGAAGUUGACAGAGGUUCACAAAUGUGGGCAUGUGCAGUUUAUGAUCCUAACACAAGAAAUUAAUUCUAAAAACCCAAAGUGCUGAAUCCUUAUUAACCAAUGAUAAUUCAGUGUUGGUUCACAUGAAGGAUUAGACUUGUCAUCUCCUCAGUGCAGUAUGUUUUUGGGUCAGUGAACUGUGAAAGUAGUAGAAGGCACUUGCUGGUAAUCACAUUUUAAAUGUGGAAUCAUAAAGUUAUGAACAGGGGAAAAAUUACAGUUCUUGAAGUUGAAACUUCUUUUGUCAGAACUUGUAAUCUAAGUUCAGAUGAUUUUAGUCUAAGUGAUCCCAACUGUUAUAUUUAAAAUGAACUAACAAACUUCUACGAAGAUGAUCCGAAGGUGCCUCAAACUAUUCAGCAUCCCAGUAAAACAUCUCUCAGGGAAAUCAAUCAAGCCUUAUUUAUACUAUGUCUACGUUGUCUUAGUUUGUUGUUACUUCUUUGUUACUUCUUUCUAUUUCUGUACAAAAUCUGGUUUUGCCUGAGUGAUCCAUUUGUAGAAUGUUUUUUAUCCACAGAAUGUCACUGCAAUUUUUUCCAGUAUAAUUGCCAUGGCUGUCUAUUAACAGCUGCAUUUUUGUUUGUUUUUAAAUCUUAGUUCUAAAUGGGAGAGUUCAUAUUCGUGACUGGAGAAAGGAGAAACCAC